AUGGCUUUCACUUGGCCGACCGCGUCAACCCUCUCCCACUGGAAUCCCAUUCCGCGCAAAUACCGCAUGGGUCGCACCAAGAGAAGGCCAAAGCCGCGUUUGAUCACCCAAUCCCGCUACUUUGUCAGCCCAGAGAGCAGCAGUGGAAAGGGUGUGCCAAACACGAUUGCCGCUCUUCAGAUCUCCUUCAACCCCGUGGAUGGUUUCCGCCACCUGCGGCAGCAUCGGUGGAGCCUCUACGACGUACAAUACUUGAUUACCAUUCUCUUCGUCAUCUUCUCUUUCGUAAUUGCUUCCAUUCCUCUCCCGGUGUGCAUCGCCAUUGUCGUCGGCUACAGUUUCCUCGUUCUCGCGCCGGCAACACGCCAGUUCUUUCUCCCCAGUGUCUCGAUCUGGGCCUACUUGCUCUACUUCUUCUGCAGUCGGUUCAUUCCGGUCGAAUAUCGUCCUCACAUCUGGGUCAAGGUUCUUCCGGCGCUUGAGAACGUCCUGUACGGCGCAAACCUCUCCAAUAUCCUCUCUGCACACACCCACCCGGUUCUGGAUCUGUUGGCCUGGAUUCCGUACGGCCUUUUCCAUUUUGCCCUCCCCGCCUUUACUUCGGCAAUUCUAUUUUUCUUCGCUGCUCCCGGAACGGUCCCUGUCUUCGCUCGCUGCUUUGGCUACCUCUCUCUGAUCGGUGUUACGACGCAGCUGGUGUUUCCCUGCACGCCGCCGUGGUACGAGCUGGCGAACGGUCUGUCGCCUGCUCACUAUGGCAUGCCCGGUUCGCCCGCUGGCCUGGCCCGCAUAGACAAGCUUUUCGGCAUCGACAUGUACACCACCAGCUUCUCGACGGCACCUGUGCCUUUCGGUGCUUUCCCCAGUCUUCACGCUGCCGACGCGGUCCUGGAGGCUUUCUUUCUCAGCUACUGCUUCCCUCGCUUCCGCGUCGUCUUUGUCGGCUACUGCGGCUGGAUCUGGUGGGCUACGAUGUACCUCAACCACCAUUACGCUGUCGAUCUUGUUGCCGGCAGUCUGCUUUCUGCCUUCUUCUACUACGUCGCACGUGCUUACUUCCUGCCGCGUCGUCAGCUUGACAAGAGCCACCGGUGGGAGUACGAGUACAUUGAGGUUGGCGAGAAGUCCCGCUCGAUCGUCGACGAGUACUCCUACAACGCGUACGAAGGAUUUGAUAUCGAUCUGCUCCCACAGCACAACCUCAACCGCCGCAGUGAUGAGUGGACGGUCGGCAGCACGUCCAGCUUCGCAACAAGUCUGACUGGCUCGGCAAGCGGCAGCAUCAGCGGCAGCGUGAGUGGCGCCAGCCGCGGACAGAGCAGCCCGGGGACGAUGAGCCCGAUCACCCCAGAAGCAGAGUUUCGCCCGGUGACCAUCUUCGGUAUGACACCGCAAGGGCAUGUCUGGGAUGGCGGCAACACUGUCCGCGAUUCCGAGCUUGCCGAGGUGGCCGUUGUCGGGUGA